UGUGUGUGUGUGUGUUGAAACAGAGCGAGUGCGCGCGCGCGGUGGGAGGGGUUUGCAGGAGCCACUUGCUCCCUCUAAUUAGCAGCGUGUGCCGGUAAAGAAACUCAGUGGAAUAACCUCCCCAAGGCGCAGAGGCAUCCGGGGGCCACUUCACCUGUGUGAUGACUUAACUGUGUGAAAUUCGACUUUCAGAAGCAGUUCGGAUGCUCCGUGCGCUGCAUUGUGCACUGCUGCUGAGCUGACACACAGUAAAAGCUUAAACUGCCGAUACUAAAAAAACAAAAAAAACACACUUUGAGGUUUCUCUGGUGAACUCCGGCGCGCCCCGCUUCUUUACGCAGCGGGUUGGAUCCGACGCACCGACUUGUUGCCGCAGCUGAGCUCUGACGGGCCCUCGGCUGUUGUGUUGCGUGUCCGACAUACAAGUCAGCGACAGGACUUAAAAUCCUGCUGUAAGGAUGAUGUCCUACAUAAAGCAACCUCAUUACACCAUGAACGGGUUAAAUUUGCCUGCCCCCGGAAUGGAUGUGCUACACACAACGGUCGCUUAUCCAUCCACUCCCCGGAAACAGCGUAGAGAGCGCACCACCUUCACGCGGACACAGCUGGAUAUCUUGGAGGCCCUGUUCUCCAAGACCCGCUACCCAGACAUCUUCAUGAGGGAGGAGGUGGCCCUCAAGAUCAACCUGCCUGAGUCACGUGUUCAGGUUUGGUUUAAAAACCGCCGUGCCAAGUGCCGUCAGCAGCAGCAGCAGAGCAGUGGUCAGUCCAAGCCCCGCCCUCCCAAAAAGAAGGCUUCCCCAGUCCAGGAACCCAGCGCCCCUGAUCCUGUUCCUAACCCAUCGGGUUCCUACAGCCCCUCCUCCGCCCAGUCAGGCCCGAGCUUGGCCCUGAGUUCCAGCACUGGAAACACUGCUGUGUCUAUCUGGAGCCCAGCCAUCUCGCCCCUGCCUGACCCUCUGGCCUCCUCGUCGGCCCCUUGCAUGCAGCGGCCCUCACCUUACCCUAUGAGCUAUGGCCAGCCUUCCAGCUACACCCAGGGCUAUGCCAGCACCACUUCCUACUUCACUGGGCUGGACUGCAGUGCCUACCUGUCCCCCAUGCACUCGCAGCUGUCAGGCACUGUCGGCGCCCUCAGCCCCAUCACUGUGCCCUCGAUGGGGGGCUCCCUAAGCCAGUCCCCGGCCUCGCUGUCCUCACAGGGCUACAGCACUGCCUCCUCUCUGGGCUUCACCUCUGUUGACUGCCUGGAUUACAAGGACCAGCAGGCCUGGAAAUUGGGUUUCACCACAAUGGACUGCCUGGACCACAAGGACCAAAACUCCUGGAAGUUCCAGGUCCUCUAAAAAGUGGAAGGAUGGUGUUCAUGUGCGUCAGUAUGACACGUGUGUCAGUGAGUCCCAUGCAAGAUAGUGUGAAGCAGUUCAGCCAGGGGACUUGUUAUCUUUGAUUUUCAGUUUCUUGUUUGUAAGAUUUUGUUUCAUUUUGUAAAGAUGACCUCUGUAGAGACGCAUUGUAUUUUACUGACUUUGGAGAUGAAGGGACUGGUGACUGUCAUCAAUGCUGCCUGACUGUGAAUCAUAUCUGUUGUCUCCUUCAUGCUCCACCGUACGUUAAAUAAGAGAACAAAAGCCUUUAAAGCAUUCAUAGGAACAUACUGGAGUCGUGCGUAGAAACACACUAAGCCAUCUCUUCUUUUUAUGUGACUGACAUACAUGCUACACGUAUUUUGUUUUGUUUUGAACUUGCAUUGUCAUAGAGUGAAGGGUGAGCUACUUUGACAGGAAGAAGCUCUGAAGUCCUGUAGGUCACUUCCUCCUUCAGGGUUUAAUUAGGGUUUAAUUUAAGCUAUUUAUUUAUUCGUUAUUUCAUGCUACAUUUAAAUAUUGAAUUUGGUUGCAUUUAGAUAUUUUUGAGCUUUUGUGUUGUGUAUUACAGUGUUAGCCUUUAGUGUUAUCAUCCAAUCUGUUUGAUGGAAAAAUUAGAUGUUUUAGU